CCCGAAGUUAUUAAUGGAAAAGGAUAUACUUUUGCAUCUGAUAUUUAUAGUAAUGCAAUACUUAUGUGGGAAAUCUCAUCUGGAUAUUCACCAUUUAUUGAUAAUAUAAAGCAUGAUGAUUAUAAUCUUGCAAUGGAUAUAAUUAAUGUAUGAGACCAGAAAUUAUGUCAGAUAUUCCUUUAGAAUAUAAAGUUUAAUGGUACAAUGUUGGGAUGCUGAUCCAUUAAAAAGACUUGAAUUCAUCUAUCAUAUCAAAAUAUGCCAAAUGAAUUUUUCCAGUUAAAAGCAGUGAAUAAUUUUGAAAUAAAAACUAGUAUAAAUUAUACAAGUAGCAGAUUAUUUACGAGCAAAGUUCAUCAAUUUGAAAAUUUACCCGAACCAAAAAAUGCAACAGAAGAAGAACAAGAAGCAUUUCAUAGUAAAACAUAUGACUUUAGUAUUCCUGAUAAUAUUGAAGAUUUUAAUAUUAAUAAUUCAAACGAUCAGAAGAUUAAUAAAACAUCAAAAAUAAAUAGUAUUUUUAAAGGUGAUAGUAAAAGAUUAUCUAAAGAAUUUAAAAAGUUACAAAUAAGUUCAAAGAAUGACAUUCCAAUUGAUCAUAAAAAAGAAACAAUGCAACAAAUGAAAGGAUCAGUUAAAACAAACGAUAUUGGAAAUUUUAUUUUGAAUUAUUUAAACACUAAGACUAGAGUAGUAAAAUAUUUUACGCGUUUCUUAGUUUGUAAUUUAAAUAAUU